UUUAACAACAGUCAUUUCCCUUAACAGUUCAAAGCAGCUAUAACUGGCAUGUUGCAGGAAGUAGACAGAACUGUCAUGUUGCAAAUGCAAUAACACCGUCAUGUCAGGGAACGACAACCAAAAAACGGUAGAUGUGGAUGCUGCUUUUCUCAAGUCCAGGAGGGGAAUAGUCAAAGUGGCAGAGACGGUAACCCUGCUUGCUGCAUUUGUGUGUUUCGCUGUUGCCUCCACGCCAAAGUACCUUACGGCCACAUUGUUGGAGUUUCUAAUCACUCUACUUCUGCUGCUUUUGUACCUACUGAAACUCAACAAGAGGAUCACAUUCCUCUUUUGGCCUAUUGUUGAUGUUUUCAACUCAGUGUUUGCAGCGAUCUACCUCCUUGUCUUGAGCCUGAUGGUGUUGACUUCAAGCUCUGUCACGGGAGCGCUGGUUGGAGGGGUGGUGAGCAUAAUUUCAGCUGGACUUCUAUUUGUGGACGGCUACACACUUUUCAAAAACAUCACAUUCAACAAAUCGAGAAAUGAAACGCAGAAUCAAAGCAAUUAAUAAAAACUACAUAGUUAUUGGAAAAGCAUUAAAGGAAGCUACAAGGCUCAUCGGCUAAAGAGUUUAUUUAGAGACCGUUAUAUAUUUUUCAAUGUUUCUGGCCCAAUAUUCUACAUUAUGUAACACCAAUAUGAGUAAUUUUUUGUAACAUUUAAAAAAUAUUUUGUUCAGAAUAAGUCUUAAAUAAAUACGCACAGCACACAAUUAUAUUAUAUAAUCAUCUAGGGGAAACCUGUCAGAAAAUUCAUCAUUUAUUUUCUGUCCUAUUGAAACGUGUUUUACUUUGUGUAGCAUGAAAUAUGCUAAAAAAUAUUACUAUUUCAAACAAGUUAUUAAAAUGUCAAUGUACUUUCUAUAAUUACAUAUUGUAUGAAAUAUGAACAUGAACCAUUUAAUCUGAUGGGAACAUGAAUGAGAUAGUGGCGUUAGGGGAGGAAAAUGACACGGAUAAAAUAAAUCCUAAAAGUCCUAAGUGAAAUGUGGCUAAAUAAGGAAAUCCCAAAGAAGCAUUUCAAUACUAAAACCUAUUUUGAAUGUGAAUUUUUUUUUCUAAAGAAUAUAAAACAUUUCUUUAGAAAGAUAGAUGAUAAUUUUCACAUGAUUUUCUCUACCAGGCGCAUAUUGGCUACAAUCUAAACUGAAGUUGCCCUAUCAGUUACUUGUAUUUAUAUCUUGAAAGUUGUUUUUGUGGCAUAAUGUUGCUCAGCUGUGCGAAUAAAGAUUUACAUCGUGACUUAAUAGGC